ACGCAGCGACAUGCGCAGAAUAAAAACACCUCAGCAGCACUUCAGCACGCGCUCGGGAAUCCCUCCUCCUCCUCCUCCUCUUCAUCAUCCUAGGACCUUGGCCCUGACACUUUUGACGUUACCAUGGAAACUCGGGCCUCCUUUUGGGCCUGUGACCUUAGUGACCUCAGUGACCUUGGAGAAAGGUCGUCUGUUUGUGAGUCUCCGUGUGUCUUUCCCAGCUCCUCUGCUGGUCUCAUGUGGACUCAGCAGAUCUCUCCUCACCUCCAGAGAAACAAACAGCUUCAGGACACUUUGCUGCAGAGAGAAGAGGAGCUGGUCCGACUGCAGGACGAGAACAACCAACUUAGAGAGUUCCUCGCCUCCUCCUUUGUGAACCUGGAGAGAAAGGCCAAGAAACUCCCCACCGACGGAAGGAGGCUGAAGAGAAGCCUCGCGUACAGUGAUGACGGAUCGUUGCACGACCUCGUUCCCCAUCUCCAGACCUCCCAACGGGUCAGCAAGAGAGUCUGCAGGAACCUCACCGCUGAGUUCUGCUCCUCCUCCUCUGACACCUCCACCUGCUCACAGCCGAACCUGGACCUCUGGGUCCUGCGAACGCUGGGACUGAAGGACCGGGACACCAUUGACACCUCCAGCGGGUCCUCCGCCCCGCCUGGAUUCGGCCUCUGCGGCUUACGCAGUACUUACCACGCUGCCGAGUCCCCGUCCUCCGACUACACCCUCAGAUCAGUCUCCACGGCUACGCCGUCCUCCGUCCACGUUGGCGGCCGCUCACCGUCCCGACAAACCGAUCACAUGUGCAGCGCCGCUGGACGCCGCGAGGCACAGCGCGGGGAUCCGGCCAGGUCACCUCAGACCUGCUCAACAGCCCCGGGUCAACGCGCCGGGAUCGGGUUCUACGGGACAUCAACCGCCCUCCGGUCUUCAUCGACGGCGGAACAACCGCCCAACACCCAGACCCGGUUCACCACAGCCUCGAGUCAGGUCCAAUCUCUGGAGAGAGACCCAACAGGACCACCGGCCUACCGGUCUCCGUCAUCACGGGACUCAAUCCAGUCCGGUCCGCCUUUCUCCUGCGUCUCGUCCUCAAGUCCCGGAGUGAACUGGCUCUGGAUGUCCGGCGGCGGCGGCGUGGGGGGGGCAACAGUUCCUUUGGUGGGAUCUCUGCCUCCAGCGACACCUUGCUGUCGCAAGGACUUGGCGUUCAGUAUGUCCCUCAGUCCGUCCAGCAGCGUCAAGACCAUCAGCUUCACUCACGGACAAGCUUUUGUCCGGAAGGACACGGAGGGACGGUGCAACUUCACCUGGGUGCCCACGCAGAGAGUGUAGGAACAUCAGGGAAGAUCCAGAUUUCAAAAGGCCAGAGCUUCAGGACGGUGAGUCGUGGCUUUGCUUCUGGAUUUAACACAAGAACAUGCAAGUAGCCAAAAGAAGACAACACUCUUCCUUCAAAGACCAUGAUAUUUGUGACUGUGAUGGUGAGACUUGUUCCUUGUCAAACUCGAUGGUCCUGACUCCAGCAAGGAUCUCCUCCAGAUACCUUACUUUACUUAGGAGAUGAACAGAGAGUCUAGCAUCCACCAUUAGAAGAUGUCUCCAUGCUGAGGUUCAUACUUAGUUUGACUGUGAAACUGCCACUAAAAAUGUCAUUGUUAUAUUUCAAAUACAAUACAACAAACAGGAAGUAUCACAAAGUGAUGACUGCCUCUGAACAAAACCCGACUGCACUAAUCUGCAGGUUAUCAAUAAUCAACCCGAUAACUACGGAUGAUGUGUUACUUCAAAGUGAAGACCGCCAGCCUGCCACUGAUUGGUCGGAGGCUUGGGUGGUCCAGAAAGACGCCUCAUGGGAACGCUGAUGAUGACGUGGUUUUCACACCACCAGAGGACCUAGAACUGAGAGAAGCCGACUUCCUGGAGAUCAGCUCCUGUCGGUAUCACCUACGCGGUGCUGGAAGGCCUGUGAGAUGAUGAUCGUGUGAAUUUAUAUCAAGUGCCUUACUGUGGAUGAGUACAUUUGAUACAGAAUAUUACAAGUUGUGUCUGUAUGUACAUGCUACAUCUUGAAGGGAUGUUCAAACAUCGAAAGGUGCCAAUGUUGAAAGUUUCUUUACUAAAUAUAUCUGCCAUUAAAGUCCAUCAGCUGAUCUUUAAAUCCCUCCAACAGGAUGUUAGUGUGCCGUCAUGGUUUUAUAUGUUUAGAGAAAGUGUAACUGACGACUAAAAGAAGGAAAGGUGAUUCACAGACAUUUUGAGUCGUCUCUGUUUGGCCUCAUGCAGUCAAAUGGAUUUAACUUAUUUUAGUAUUUAUAAAGAUAAAAAACAUGAAAAUGUGUCAGCCCCCCGAUGACUUUGCUAACCCCCCCCCCCCCCCAAGCUUUAAACUUUCCUCUUUGGUGCCUCUUAUAGUUGGUGCUGGCUCAGGUUAGUCUGGACCAGCCUUAGUUAAGCUGCUGUAGGUCUGGACUGCAGGAGGACUUCUUAGGACACACCGAGCUCCUCUCUCAC